AUGGCCGCCCCCGGCCAGCCCAGCCCCCAGCAAAUGGCGGCGAUGCAGCAACAGUUCGCCUCCGAAGCCGCCAAACGAGGGAUGACGCCCGAGCAAUUCGCCCAGAAACAGCGAGAACAGCUCACAGCUGACGCAGCGAAGCUCGGAAUGACGCCCGAGCAGUACGUGGCACAGUUGCGAAUGCGGGCCCUGCAGGCGCAUCAGAAGCAGAUGGAAGCGCAGCAGGAGGGCGAGGGACAAGCUUCCCCACAGGGCGAGCAGCAGCAACAGCAGGGACAAUCGCCGACUCCGCAGCAGCCACAGCAGCAGACACACCAAGUGCCCGUGCAACCGGGUCAACCGGCUGAUCCCAAGGCGCUGGCCGUGGCCAACUUCCUGCGGUCGCAGAACCUGAAGCCGCGGACGUGUAUCUUGGAUGGACAGCGAAAGGACAUGUUCAAAGUGAAACGAGCCAUCCGCGCCAUUGAAUCCCCCGCCUACGCCAAAGCCGCCGCAAAGAAGAACUCCCUCCUCCCACCUGUGACAGACCGCGCCUCUGCCGAAAAUGUAUUCAAGCUGCUUCCGCUCUCGCUACUUGCUCUCCGUGUGAGCAAGAUUGACCCGCACGCCGGGCACAACCAUGCCAAACCCAAGAACCGCGUCAAAGGCCUGUGGACUGUGAAGAUCGAGCAGCACCAGGAGACCGACCCGAUGAUGCACUACGUUUGGCUGUACGAAGGACCGCAAUGGAAGCAGAAAGCCAUGGCGGCCGCCGUCGUGGCGGGUAUUUUUGCCGUGGUGCUGUUCCCUCUGUGGCCGAUGGUGAUGCGUCAGGGUGUGUGGUAUCUCAGUGUGGGCAUGAUGGGAUUGCUGGGUCUCUUCUUUGCCAUGUCGAUCUUCCGCCUGAUUUUGUUCUGCAUCACUGUUUUCGCUGUUCCUCCCGGUCUCUGGCUGUUUCCGAACUUGUUCGAAGACGUGGGUUUCUUCGACAGUUUCAAGCCUCUAUGGGGCUGGCAAGAGAGCAAAAAGAAGAAGAGCAAGAAGGUCAAGGCCGAGUCGGCACCAGUUGCAGAGACUGCCCCUUCAGCUAGCACUACCUCCGUCGAGCCUGGACCUGCUGCAAGCUCGGGUCCCGUGAAGCGAGAUCUCACAGCGCGGGUAGAAGAGGUGGAGGAGUAA